CUCCGGGUGCCUCUCGGGUGAUGGCAGCGGUGGGAGCCCUAGUGAAGAAAUUGUGGAGUAUCCGCAGCUUCCUGGUGCUUCUCUGCGCCCCGCUGGUGCUGCUGCCCAUCCUCUUCAGCCUGCCCCCCAAGGAAGGAAAAUGUCUCUACGUUAUUCUACUCAUGGCCUUCUACUGGUGCACCGAAGCAUUGCCAUUGUCUGUGACAGCCCUUCUUCCCAUCAUUCUCUUUCCCUUCCUGGGGAUUCUCCCCGCCAACAAAGUUUGCCCCCAGUAUUUUUUAGAUACCAAUUUCCUCUUCCUGAGUGGCUUAAUCAUGGCAGCUGCCAUUGAAGAGUGGAAUCUGCAUCGCAGGAUGGCUCUGAGAAUCCUCAUGUUUGUGGGAGUCCAGCCAGCCAGACUCAUUUUAGGAAUGAUGAUGACAACUUCCUUCCUGUCUAUGUGGCUGAGUAACACAGCUUCAACAGCCAUGAUGCUACCAAUUGCAACAGCAAUUCUGAAGAGUCUUUUUGGAGAGAGAGAAAUAUCAAGCAGGGAGAAUGAGGAAAAUCAAGCUUCCAUGCAAAAUGAUAAACUUCACACGGUGUCAACUGAAAUGCAGCCCCUUACCAAUGUUGACGAAAAUGACUUGACUGAGAAGAAGGUGACCAUUGACGUUUCCUCAGACUUAAAGAAGGAAGAAGAAUACAAGACUAACAUUUGGAAAGGUUUCCUCAUUUCCAUCCCUUACUCUGCCAGUAUUGGUGGGACGGCGACACUGACUGGAACGGCGCCAAAUCUCCUUCUUUUGGGGCAGCUAAAGAGCUUUUUUCCAGAAUGUGACGUUAUAAACUUUGGCUCUUGGUUUGUGUUUGCGUUUCCCUUAAUGGUGCUUUUUCUGUUUUUCGGGUGGCUUUGGAUCUCCUUCCUAUACGGAUGCAUCACCUUGAGGAGAACAAAGAAAUCAGAAAUCAGAGCCGAUGCAGAAGCCAAAGCCAAAUCAGUAAUAAGAGAUGAAUACCAGAAACUGGGUCCAAUGAAGUUUGCAGAACAGGCAGUUUUGGUUCUCUUCUGCUUAUUUGCCAUCCUGCUGUUCUCCAGAGACCCGAAAUUUAUUACAGGCUGGGCAAACUUUUUCACACCAGGUUUUGUCACAGAUGCAGUCACUGGAGUCACAAUAGUGACAGUGCUGUUCUUCUUCCCUUCAAAAAGGCCAUCCCUUAAAUGGUGGUUUGACUUGAAAGCACCAAACACUGAAAGCAAACCCUUGCUAUCAUGGAGAAAAGCUGAAGAAAGCGUACCUUGGAGCAUAAUUUUGUUGCUCGGAGGAGGUUUUGCUAUGGCCAAAGGGUGUGAGGAAUCGGGCUUGUCCAUCUGGAUUGGAGGCCGCCUGGGCCCUCUGGAGAAUCUCCCUCCUCCCUUGGCUGUUAUUCUCAUCACCAUAGUGAUUGCCAUGUUCACUGAAUUUGCUAGUAACACUGCCACGAUCAUAAUAUUCCUUCCCGUUCUGGCAGAAUUGGCCAUUCAUCUGAAAGUGAAUCCCCUCUACUUAAUGGUUCCAGGAACGAUAGGAUGCUCAUUUGCCUUCAUGCUUCCAGUCGCCACACCCCCAAAUUCAAUUGCUUUUGCUUCCGGGCACUUAAUGGUCAAAGAUAUGGCGAAGGCUGGUCUGCUUAUGAAUCUGAUGGGGGUUUUACUUCUGAGCCUGGCUAUCAACACUUGGGCUAAGAGCAUCUUCCAGAUAGGCACGUUCCCUGCCUGGGCCAACAUGCAUUUGGAAAAUACCAACACCACCUUUCUUCUGGAAGAUGUUCAGAAUAUCACUUUGAACUCACUGAGUAGAUCAUGAGCAAAGCAUCUUUGAGAGGGAGCAACUACCUUCAGAUCUGGGCACCGAAAUCAGUCAGCAUCAAGCACAGGAUCUCUUUUGUCCCAUUUGUCUGGGGUGGGGGCUACCUAGCUGCAUCUGCCACUCCUUAGAAUAAAGAGCAGACUUUGUUAAUCAGAUGAACAAGCUUUGCCCAAGGUGAUGACUGAGAGCUCAGGGUUUUAAAGAUCCUUCUGAGAUCAGGCAGCAAAUUGGGGAGAAAACUACAUGCAACAAAUGGGAAUAUAAUAGUUAGGAAAACAAGGCAUAUUUUCCCUCCAUUGUUCCUUUCAGGUUUGCACAGGCCCUUUGCAAAUGAGGGGGCACAGCCUCAUGAGGUGGAACAAAACAGUUAUGUUAAGAAUAAUAGGGAACAACUUGGAGAAUGCCGCAGUCAGACAGCUCAUUUGGUUGAAAAAUUAUAGGAAUACCUAAACUGCAUUUUGAUGUUUAAAUGAACAAGAGUCUAGUGGCACCUUAAAAACCAAGAAGAUUUUAUUCCCAAAUAAGCCUUUGUGAAAUCGAGCUCUUUGGAAUUAUAAACCAGAGUGUGUUCAUGAUGAGAAUGCACUUCGUUUGUUUUUGUGCUCAUGAAUCUCUCCUCCUCCCACAACAAAAACAACCAGGAUUGAACACUUCCUGAUUUAGGAAGUCUUUCAUUUGAUGUGACAUCUUAAUUUGGGGAAUUCAACACACUGAAGCAUUUCCUUGCCAACAAACUGGGAUUUUUAACCCAUAAUAUAAGAAGUCUUCAGUCUUGGAUCUGUUCAUGACCCAAGAGGAGAAGCGAUUGUGUGAACCUCAGAACAAAGGUUGUUCAUGAACUCCUAGUGACCAAAGGAUUCAGUGCUGUGUCUGCUCCGACCAUUUCUAAAAACUACUGAAGGCUUUCAAGACGCUCAUUGUCUGGUCUUUCUUUUCAUAUCCAGUAUGUAUAUCAGAUCUAAGUAUUAGGUGUGUGUCCACACAAGUGCUUCUGCCUCAUUUCUCUUCAUAUUUGUGCCUCCUGUCACAGGACAAACAUUUCCCUCUCCCAGAAUUCUGUGCCUAUUUUAGAUAUGGAGAGCCAAUGUAAUGCAGAGUUUAAGAGCAGGUGGUCUCUAAGUAGGAUUUGAUUCCCCACUUCUACACAUGAAGCCUGCUGGGUGAUCUUGGGCUUGUCACAAUUCUCUCCACACACUCUCAGCCACACCUACCUCACAAGGUGACUGUUGUGGAGAGAGGAAGAAGUUUGUAAGUCACUUUGAUACUUUUUUCGGUUGAGAAAAGCGGGGUGUAAUCAAAACUCCUCCAACUCUCCUCCUCCUCCGCCCUAAUUACACCUGGGUACCUAUACACUAGCUUACCUCUCCCUCCAUGAAGUCUUGCAAGUAUGCCAAAGUAAGGACUAGUAAUGAGAGAGGGAAUCUUGAGACAAAAUCGUGGAGCAGCUACAUUUGUAAUUUCUGCUAAGAGAUCAAAUUAGCCACUUGUCUAAGUGAAGAAGUACAUAGGCAUAAUAACUUCAUUCAGAAAAAAUCAGUAAAGAAAAAUCACCUGUGGAGGAGGAUGCCCUGAAGGAGAAACAGUGGAAACCUUCAGUCUAGAAGAAAAUGUCCACCUUUGGGGUGAGAAAUCUAGAUAGUAUAUGGCUUUCAAGAAUGACAAUGUGGAUUCUUCUCUUGUAUAUGACAGCAGCAGAGUGAAAAAAAUGUGUGU